AAACCACAAAGCAUACAACAGUUCUGUAUUUCCAAAUUCUGAACAUCACAAACGUCCCUGUGCAGUCUGAGUGACUAGAUUUAACUUCAUACUGCUCUUUUCUGUGUCUUGAUCCAGCAGUGUUCUGUAGAUUGUGAAGGUGAGCAGGUACAAUGGAAGAGGAGUUCUAUUCAACAGUCAUCUUCAAGCCAUAUGACAAUGAGAAACCUACAGAGUCAGAUGAGACUGUAUUAUAUGCAGAAGUGAAAAGACUAGAAUCAACAUUACAUACAACCUCUGAGACUUCAGAUGCACAGUGUUCAUUAAAAGAAUCAGUUUUGCCAACAAAAGACUGUCUGACUGAAGAAGGAUCUUCCACCCCAGUCUCUCCGGCGUGUAGACGAGCUGCAGUGUUUCUGGGGCUGCUCUGUUUCCUCCUGGUUGCUGCUGUAACAACGGUCAGCAUUUUCCACUACAUUCACAUGUCUAAAUACAACAAUAUUCUGGCCCAGCAAACUAAAGAGAGAGCCAACAACCUGCAGUUACUGGAAGUGCUGAAGCAGGAGAAAGCAAGGCUGGUGACACACGGUCAACAGAUGAACAGCACACUGGACUUCAUAAUUCGUAGAAGCAGAUUUCCAGUGGAUAAGUACUGCCAGUCCACUGGGAAUGGGGUUCGGUGUACACCCUGCCCUCAAAACUGGAUUCAAAAUGGCUCCAGCUGUUACUAUUUCCGUAGGCAUUCAGGAAACGCCUGGAAAACGUGGAAAGAGAGUCAAGAAUACUGCGAGGACUAUGGAGCUCAUCUGGCCAUAAUAGACAGCGAGGGUGAACAGGAAUUCAUCAAUCAGCACACUAAUUUUGACCAGCAUUACGGGUACUGGAUUGGACUCUAUGAAAAAACUGAAAAAAAUUGGGUCUGGAUCAAUGGUGCUAAGCUUGAGAAAGGAUUCUGGGUCAGCAGUCCUGCAGAAAGAUACAUGUACUGUGUUCUGUCAAUGCCCAGCAACAACCCACAGAAAAGCUGGAGGUCAGCAAGUUGUUCUAGCUCAUACAAAUGGAUCUGUGAAGUGGAAGUUUUAACAUGGCCAACCUUCCUUCAAGCCCAACAAAACCACAGUAACCCCUCAAUAUGAACAGUCAGUGCAAAAGACAACCAUCUCAGAAAUCAUCAUUUUAUUUUCCAGUUCAGUUUGAUUUGUUAGCGACGUUUCAAGGUACUGACACAGACUGACAUAUUUCAGAUGUCUCAGAGCUGGAUUAAAUCAAGACAUGACAUCUUACUGCACCCUUCAUGUCAGUCAAAAAAGCUUUAGUGAGAGAAUCCACACAGAUCAUGCCAUGCUAUUUUUUAAAACCGUUCAUAUAUAUAAUCACAUUUUUGUCACUGUGAAUAAUGCAAUGUAAUAUGCAUUACACAAAUGUAUUACAAAUCAGACCAAUAAAAAAAAUGUAUUUCAUGUCACCUGUUGGUCUCAAGCUUAAAAGUUUGCCCAUGAUUUGUAAAAAUAAAUAUGAGUGUAACAAA